UAGUUUCUGAAAAUAUAUUAGUUUUUUACUUUAUCUGAUUUCUUCAUUGAGAAAAAAAAUAGGGAUCUUUACUUUUCUACCGACCCUCGUAUUAGAAAAAGAGCAAAGUACAGAUUAUGGAUCUGGUUACCGAGAAAACAACGAAGAAAGCACAAAAAGAAAAAACCUCCAGUUUAUUCUAUUUGUUCAAAUAUACAACGAAAUUAGACAGAACAUUAUUGAUACUCGGCGCAUUAUUCAGUUUAAUUUCUGGAUGAUGUUUACCCAUUCUUGGAUUAUUCUUUGGAGGCAUGACCAAUAUUUUCCUUAAUCAAGCGACUCAAGGUUUAGUAUCGGAUGAAAUUAUAAAUGCAACGUUAAGAAAUGCAACAUCGCACGCUAAUCCGGUGGCAAUUAAUUUCGAUCAACAUCUCGUGCCUAUAUCAGCGGAAAAUAGCACGAUCGUAUAUCAAGUGGUAUACGUGCUUCAUGAAGUUUUCAAAGCAGAAUUACCUCAAAAAGAUUUGUGGGAAAACAGCGGUUACGGGAAUUAUACCUAGUAUGCCAAUGACUGAACGAGAAUUCGACAAUAAUUUGAACAAAUACCUAAUCAUUUAUUUGAUAAUCGGCACCAUCAUGAUGAUCUGUUCGUUUAUACAGACGAUGUGUUGGGAAUAUGUUAGUGAACAUCAAGUUCACAGUAUGCGCAAACUUUACUUUUCAGAAAUUACGCGGCAGGAUAUUUCUUGGUAUGAUACCAACGAUAACGGGAAUUUACCGAAUAAACUAUCCGAGUGGAUGAUUUGGCGACAUUGGAGUAUCGGAAUCAUUCGAAGGCAUAACAUCCUCUAAAUGCGCAAUGUCGUUCUCAUUUUCAAAUACUGCGAAGAUAAAUUACAUUGAGCGAUGUUCGUAAAUACAUAUACUUAUAAAUAAAAUUUGGAAAUAUAAUCGUA